AUGCAGAUGAACAACCCCAACAUGCAGCACAACGGCAUGGCGCGCCCAGCCAGUGCCAACUACAACCACUUCGUCAACCACUACCGCGCCCAGCAGCAGCAGGGCAAGAUCCCCCAAGGAUGGCAGCAGUCGACUCCCCCGGAAGAACGCGGUCAGCUUGCCUUCCAGUUCUUCAGCCAGUUCCGUCUCCUGAAGCCUGAGACGCCGGAGAUGGAGGCCAUGCGCACCUCGCUGAGCUUUGAAAACCAAGUCUUCAUCCAAAGCCAAACAAAGGACCAGUACAUCUCCAACAUCAAGCAGAAACUCAUGGCCAUAACGGCUGCACGCCAGCAACAGUCACAACGCAUGCAGAACAACCUUGGAAACAUGAACAUGCCUAUGAACGGCAUGAAUCCAGGCCAGAUGAACAUGAUGGGCCAGGCUGGGCCCCAGGGUCCUCGCCAGGGCACACCGCAACAGUUCAAUCCGGGCUUUCCGAACGCUCAACUCCAACGACCCAUGCAGAUAUCACCAGUGCCCAUGGCACAAGGAGGCUCCUCUAUGGGCAUCAACGUGGGCACCCCUAACCUCAACCAAGCCCAACAGAACCCACCACCCAACCCCCAACAGCCGCAGCGACCCAACCCGCAGGCAGAAGGUGCUUUCAUCAACUCGUUGGCCAGGAGACUGUUGGACAGCUGUGGAGCAGAUAUUCGCGCAAAGUUUCAGGCUGAGGUCAAUACAUGGCCCGAAGAUAAGAAACAGCAGCUCCUUGCCCAGGGAAUCGACCCGUUGUUCUUUCGCUUCCGGCAGCAUGCCGAGCUGCUGUACAGAAACGGCAAGGUCAACCUGCCAAACAAACAGGGUGCAAACCAGUCGGGUGGCCAGCAAGGCGGCCAACCCAAUCCGAUGCAGGGCCAGCAAACGAAUAUGGCUCAACGACAGUCAGAUCCCGCGUUUGACUUCAACGCAAUCACCAACCAGCAGCUGGGUGCCGUAAGGUUGCAAGACUCGGGCGCAGAGGUGGUCCCAGCUAGCAACAACAAUAGCGCCCAGAUGGCUGCUUUUGGACAAGGAGGUCAACCGCAAAACGCGGCCAUGGCCCAACGACAUGCAGCUCAAGCCGCGUUCCAGCAAAGUCUCCAGCGCCAGGCUCAUGCUUCCCAGGUUCAGGUAGCCCAGGCCCAGGCCCAGGCCCAGGCUCAAGCCCAAGCACAAGCUCGUGCGCAGAUGGACCAGCAGAGAGCUCAACAGGCUGCGUUGCAGGCAAGGAAUCAGAAUCAACUACUCCAGGGACAGAUCGGUGGCCUAAAUCUGCCGCCAGGAUCUCAGCAAAGCCCUGCCAUGCCCCUGCUUACCAGGCCGAUGAAUCCACCGGGUCAACAGGGACCGCCCACCACCCCACAGCAACGGCCACAAGCGCAUGUUCCGCAAAUGACUCCCCAACCAGGUCCGGGCCAGGCUGAUCAAAUGACUGCGCUGAUGCGUGAGGCACAACAGAGGGCCGCCGCUGUGUCACAAUCCAGUCAACCCCUCACAGAUCAAGUGCGGUUGAGUAUGAUGCCAGCCGAUCUUGAACCACAUGCAAAACAACAGUUGCUCAAAGUGCCAGAGCAGAACUUCCGCCAGAUCCUUGCCAAUUACAUGACUACCCAACGACGGAAUCAAGCGAUGCAGAACGGUUUGUUAGCAGGUGGUCCUGGAACUCCAGGACAGCGCAACAUGAUGUUCAAUCAGCAACAGGGCAUGCAGCCUGGCAUGGCUGGGCAGAUGAUGGGAGGGCCAAACGUGGCUAACAUGGCUAACAUGGCCAACAUGGCAAACAUGGCAAACAUGGCUAACAUGGCUAACAUGGCCCGCCCUGGCAUGAGUAUGGGGCAACAGACGCCUGGUGCUGUUGGUAGACAGCCGCAGCAAAUGGCACAGCGUGGUCCUCUAUUGACACCACAACGUGUCAUGGCUGCACAGACACUGCUCCAGUCGAAUCCCGGAAUCAUCGCAAACACGGACGGCAGACCCUUUCCUCCAGAAGUGGUCGGCCCGCAAGUCCGACAAAACUUGCCUCCAGACGUAAAGAGCUGGGGACAGCUCAAACAGUGGGCUCAGCAGAACCCUGCAAUCCUUCCUCCUGCAGAAACGCAAAAGCUCAUCAUGCUUCAAGUGAUACAUUUUCAGAACAUGCUGCAACGGCAACAACAAAUGCCUGGCGCUGUUCCUCAGCCAAACAAUGCUGCAGCACCCAUGACACCUGGCCAGAUACAGGCAAGGGCACCACAACAGCCUAUGAACAUGGCAAACCUACCUGCUAUCAAUGUCACACCGCAGGAGCUGCAGAUAUUCCGACAAAAGAUUCAGGCGUCAAAUCCAAAUGCGAGCAUGAACAUGUCAGACGAGCAACUACGACAACACAUCCUACAACAAAAGAUGAGAAGCAGGCAACAACAGCAGCAACAGAUGCUCGCUCAGCAGCAGCAGCAGCAGCAGCAGCAGCAGCAGCAGCAACAGCAACAGCAACAGCAACAGCAACAGCAACAGCAACAGCAACAGCAACAGCAACAGCAACGGAAUAUGCUACAGCAGCAGCAGCAACAGCAACAGCAGCAGCAGCAACAACAGCAACAGCAACAGCAACAACAGCAGCAGCAGCAGCAACAGCAGCAACCUCCACAACAACAGCAACCCAACCGACCCCUGACCGCUCAGGUCGCUCAGUCUACACCGCAGCCAAAGCCAGCCGGCAGGCCACAGCAACCAACACAGCCGGCACUUACCGCUACGAAGAGUCUGAAGCGGCCCAACGGAGAUUCCGCUGAGGCCAAUGCAGACCAGAAUGUCGGCAACGCGGCGUCUUCAAUGUCUCAAAGAGCUCAACAGGGGCUCAACCUCACUCAAGAACAGAUGUCUAAGCUCACACCGGCGCAGCAAGCUCAGGUCAAGGCACAGCUGCUCAAAGCUCAAGAUGCUUCGAAUCCUGUUAAUGGUAAGGGGCCACAACAAUCACGUCCUGUGCCUAGUGCCGAUGACAUCCGCGCCCGCAUGAAUGAUCCGGUCAGAAUCAACAAGCUGAACGCGAUGAUGGCCGAGGUUGAAAGGACCCUCCCUCCUGGACAGCCAACGCAGAUACCGCCUCCCAUACGCGCUUCACUGCAGGGGUCCCUCCAGAAGCAGCUUUCGGUUUUCAAGAAAGUGGACGGAGCACUUCGCGCCUUCUACGCGUCUUUUGACGUCGAAAGCGGCUCAGAGGGCGUUAUACGGCAGAUCAUGACGGCACGAUGCUUGCUAUUUCGAGAGAUGAACCUCGAGAACGGGAUGCUCAACGACCAGAUCACACUAUCAACUGACGGAUUCAAGACCCACGUCGGUACGAUUCUCAAGUUCGUCUCCAAGAUUCAGUCCAGGAUGUCACAAUCGGCACAGAACCAAAACGUCAACCCACAGUCGAACCCCCAGCAGCCGCAGACGAGUUCAGAUUACUCGCUUGCUACUCCUCCAGCUCAGCUGAAUGCUGCCAACCUCAAGCAACACACUGAACUACACCAACGCGGCUCAAAGGCGCCUCAGGCUCCCACAACCGAUCGGCCACCCUUCCCUCUCGGAGGUGGUCAAUCCCCGAGCGGAGCUCCAAAAUACUUUGAAGACGCCCCGAGACUUACGAACCUCAUCCUGCCCGAUAAGAAGCGCGCAAGGAUUGAAUCAGGUAGUCAGAACUCAACACCAGGGCCGAGGCCGUCGCCCCACAUGAAUACUGGGAAAGGCAACUCGCCUGAGCUCAAGCGACAGCCAGCACCAGAGAAGCAAAUGCCACAGAGACCCACGUUCAAGUGCAAGCUUGCUGAAUGCGAGUACUCUGUUCGAGGCUUUGACACACAGACGGAGCUUGACGCGCAUUUCAGCAUAGCUCACGCCAAGAUCGACAACCCUCUUCAGUUCGCACUCGAAUCCAUGGCAGAAUACCUUGAGAUCGACUCCAAAACUGGGGAACCUAGGGUUGAUGCAGCCGCAUCCAAAUCCUCUUCAAAACCUGCGCCUGCGCCUGCACCUGUACCUGCUGCUUCAGCUUCACGCGCUCCCGCACAGGCUAUCAAAUCCGAACACACGCCUGGCACUGCACAGAACGCCUCAACACCAGCGGGUCAUCAUGCGGCGGCUACUCCUAUGACGCGCAUACCGACGCAGACUGGCAUCAAGAACUCGCCAUCAGCCAACUUGCUCAAGACACCGCAGGCAAUGGCGAAGGUCGCCACGCCCAGCACCGCGGCCCAAGCAAAGCCUACACCCACCAGUGCCGCUAAGUUGACGGUAAAGGAGCCCGCGCCCGUUGCUGGAGCGGAGCCAGAAAAGCCUCAAGACCUGCAGCCCAUGGUCCCCCCAUCGUUGCUUGACUACUCGUACGAAGACACGUUUGCUGCGCUCGACGCUAACGGACCAUUCACUGUGCUCGACCUCAAGGACGUGGACAACACGUGGGCCACUCGUUCUCGUCCAAACUCGCCCACCGAGACGCCCGAUUCGUCGUCGAAAGACACGCCGUCUACACGGCAGUCUGAUAUUUCCGAGAAUGACAACCUUGUCAUCAACCUCGACAUUGACAUGCCCGACGCAUGGAUGCUGGGCAUGAAUGGAGAUGCGCUGCCACUCGACAUGCAGCUGUCAGACGAUCUUCAGACGCUUGGCGUGUCACUGCCUUCGAUGGACAGCGAAGGGAUGAUGCUGUUCCCGUCGCUGAUGGAUUUCGAGGCCAUGGAGAAGCAGAUGGAUGGCAGCCUCGCUGGGAUUGAGGCUGGCAUCUACUGA